AUGGCAAGCCCGGAGCCCUGCGUUUCGAAGCGGCACCCAUGCAGCCAACAGCAGUCCCCGCCCGAACUGCCGCUGCAGGUGAAGGUGGUGGGGCUCUUCAAGAGCUCCAGCUUUCAGAUUGCCAAGAGCACAGCUGAGAGACUGAAGAUCACUUAUCCAUCCAAGUUUGAAGAUCCUAUAAUAGUUCCUCUUCAAGAGUUUGCGUGGGAUCAAUAUCUGCAAAAGAAAAAAAGGGAGCUCCAGGGUGAAACCUGGGAGUAUUCUUCUUACGUGAUGUGCUUUAUUAAUGGCCAAUUCCUGGGCGACGUGCUCGAGCUGCAGAAAUGGGCUCACAGGGUGUGGGAUGUACUGGACGUUAAGCCCUUUGCUCUGUAUGAAGCACUUACUUUGGAUUUCUCCUCUAAAUUCUUACGAGACACCAAGCAUGACUUUGUGUUCUUGGACGUUAGUAUUGAUUAUUAUCCAAUUGGAAGAUUGGUUUUUGAGCUAUACUGUGAUGCGUGUCCCAAAACCUGUAAGAAUUUCCGAGUACUGUGCACAGGAAAAGCAGGAUAUUCCCAAAGCGCUAUAAGACUUCAUUAUAAAGACUCGAUUUUUCAUCGAGUAGUACACAAUGCUUGGAUACAAGGAGGAGAUAUAGUCACUGGAAGAGGAGAUGGUGGAGAGUCAAUUUAUGGACCCACAUUUGAAGAUGAGAACUUUUCCAUUCCUCAUAAUAAAAAAGGAGUUCUAGGAAUGGUCAACAAAGGCCCUCACAGCAAUGGGUCACAGUUCUAUAUUACACUACAAUCGGCUCCCUAUCUAGACAGGAAGUAUGUGGCUUUUGGUCAACUGAUUGAAGGAACAGAUGUCCUUAAACAACUGGAAUUAGUUCCAACAGAGAAUGAAAGACCAAUACCUACCUGCGUAAUUACUGAUAGUGGACAUCUUUGUCACGUGGGGCCAGGAAUUGCGGACUCGAUGGGCGCUCAGGUGGACGCCUUACGCCACGUCACGUACAUUGUUCCAUCCGAGCCAGGUACAGUCGCAUCAAAGGACAACCUCCCUCGGCUUCCUCCCAUCGCGCUUGCUCCCCCCUACCGCAGGACUCCCGUUGGUAUCCUCCGCCCCGCUCGCCCCCGCACGCCGGGGCUCCAGGCCCCUCACGUGACCUCUACGCGCGCUUGCGGGGGGAGCGAAGUCUUGGAGGCGGCGCCGCGGGGGACUGAAGGUCCGACAGAGACUUGUGCGCCGCAGCUUUCGCCGGAGUUCCAGCGCUGA